UGGUGAGUAUCAUUGUCGCGGUGGUCGCCGUGAUCAAAGCAUACAUGCCUCUAAAGGCGGAGCUGCAGCCACACCGGACCAUGUCGAAGCUGUGGGCUUUCAAGCUCCUCAUCGGACUGCAGGUUCUGCAGAGCGUCAUUUACCAGAUCCUCACAGCACUAGAUCCUUCGCCGCUCGUCCCCUCUGCAUACCUGAGCCCCGUCGACAUUGGCAUCGGCAUUCCAAUGAUGAUCGUCAACAUCGAGAUGGUCUUCUUCGCCAUGUUCUACUAUUAUGCUUAUACAGUAGGCCCGUACAAGCUGCAGUCUGGCGAGACUCGCGCCCUCGGGCCCCUGCGAGCUUCUCUGCAGAUGCUAAACCAGGGUGAACUAAUGGCUGGCACUCUCUUUGUGUUGACCAUAAAGAGGCAUGCCCGCGUGGCGGCUGCCCGGAUCGGAGAUGGCCAUGUGCGCGAGCCGAAGCCUGAGGAGGGCUCGUGGUGGAUGUUCUGGCAGAAGACGAAAUCACAUCGACGCUCGGCUGUGCCAAAGGCGCAAGGCGUCUCCGAUGAGGCUCGCCGCAAGGACUCGGUGGACUCUGCGUGGUCCGUCCCAAUCGCUUUGGGGGAAGUAUCCGGAGCUGCAGAAGACGGUCGCACCCAGAGACAUAGUCAGAGUGUCAUCGGCGUGGCUCGGUAGCGUGGUGACAUCUUUGUCUUGAUAUGGUCAUGGGAAGGGGACUGCUCGAGAUGGGAAGCCAAUGGACCCGGCUAGAUAGGGAGCCUGAACAGGCAAGAGGAACAAAUCGACCAUAUUGGAAGCAGCCUAUCGCGCUGGGCUUCGUGUUGAUGCGAAGCUAAAUAUGCCUGGCAAGCAUGGCAAAGCUUGGAAUGCAAUCAUGCAAUUGCAACUGUACGUACUAUGGCAAUGGUUUCCCAAGUGCCAAUGAGAGAACAAAGGAGGCCUGCAGCUAUGUGCAAGAAUGCAAGCGAUGAGCCUAUUGAGACAGAGGACCGGCUCCGCCCCGUGAUUCAAAGU